GAUGAAAGGGAGCGGUGAGAAUGCCGUAAUCGGGGUCGAUGCUGUGGCUGAGACCGGAUUUAGGAUGCGCAUCUGGGGAUCUGGAAGGAGGUUCGAGGGGAGAUGUAUGUGGAAAACGCUAUACAAAAGGCAUCACGAUGCGCGGUCCAAAUCAUCAUCACAGCCCUUCAUCACCUUCUUUAGAAAGCAAUCAAAAUGCGCUGCGCUUCCGAUACACCAGACGCCGUCGUCCGCAUGCUGCGGCGUUCGUCCCGUCCGUCUAUCACCGUUCGCGCCGUUCCCUCCUCUGUCUUGCUGGCAGACACUGUUCUUGGACAUGUCGCUCGUCUUCUCGAACUCCCUAUUGUCAGUCUUGAUAGAUCCAGCAGCUUCAUCAACCUCGGCGGCCACUCGCUUCUUGCUGUGAAGCUAUCUGCUGCUUGCAAGAAAGAUGGCAUCCAUCUGCCCAUCUCGAAAAUUCUCUUAUGCAAAAGCCUGAUCGAGCUUUGUUCUUCAGCCACUCUUUUAUUCCACCCUUCGCCAUGUUCACCGCGUUCACCAACCGCUCGGCGGAAAUCCAUCCAAGAAGUCAUGGCUCAAGUGUCUAUGCAAGACUCCAUCCGGCAUGGCUCAGUCCCGCAAUUUUCCACGCCAACUUCGUUUUCCAUGUCCGAGAUGCAACUUUCUUUUCUCCAUAGUUACAGAAAGAACCCCGGUACCAAUAUCAUCAACUUCUUCGAGACAUACAACACCAGCGAUGUGCCAGUCAUGAAGGCUGCGUGGCGGACCGUCAUCGAAUCUGAGCCGAUUUUUCGUACCAUCUUCGAUCCUGAAACGUUACAGGCGAACGAAAACCUCUCAGUACCUUUCCGCUGGAACGAUAUUGUGUGUAAUUCUGAGUCAAAGUAUCGGGCCGAGCUUGCUAAAGACGUGGCGCCUGAGAACAUGGAGUACACAUUCGACUGCAUCACCUAUCCUGCCUCAGGCACAAGCACUAUCGUCUGGCGGGUUCAUCAUGCCUUCAUAGACGGCAUGUCCGCGCAAUUGAUGUACGGAAAGCUCCGAAGGCUUGUCAUGGGCCAGCACAUUACACCUGGUACCUCGUUUAGCAGCGUAACCAAAGACAUUCAAGCUCUUCAGCACUCCAGUCGUGAAGCAAACCAGGCCUUCUGGAGAAAAGAAAUGGAGAAGCACCCUCAGCCUGUUGGGGAUCUUGCUCUCCAAGAGCCCAGCUCGACGGAUCGAAUUGCUGCCAUCGCAAACAUCUCCUUUACCAUUCCUAUUAAUAAGGUAUCCACGGCAGCUCAACAGGCAGGCGUUUCGUUGGCAGCCUGGUACCAAGCUGCGUGGGCCAUGGUGCUCUCCAUGUACACCGAUUCGGCAUCUGUUGUCUUCGGCACCGUGCUCUCGGGUCGCAAUCUUCCUGUUGCUGGCGCGGAUGAUACUGUUGGUCCACUCAUCAACACACUGCCUUUCCACGCCUCGAUCGAUCCAACGCAGUCUGUCGCCGAUUAUUUGCAAUCCGUAUUUACCCACUCGGUUGCGCUGCAAAGCGUCCAGUGUUCCUCGCCACAGGAUGGCUACACCAGGACGUUCGCGUCUGCUCUAGCGAUGGAAUUUGAUAUGGAAGCACCCGACGACCAUGCCGUGCGGCCCAUCAGAACCUCCUGGUUCAGAGUGAUUCCAGAUAUGCCUCUAUCGGUGUACAUGAGCGCCAAAGGCACCUUGCGUCUUUGCUUCAAGCCAUCCAAGUACGCCAUCGAAGACAUGCAAUUGCUCGCCGACCACUUCCGCAGAGCUAUCCUGCUACUGCGCUCGCCUAAUCGAACAAUGGGUGAUCGCAUGUCCAAACUCUUGACUCAUGAAUGUAGAGACACUCUGAUGCGCUUUGGAAACUGUAACACCCAAGAAACUUCGCUUUCAUCGAUCCAGGACGACCUCGUCACGCUUUUCGAAAAGGCUGCUGGACAAAACCCUAGCGACAUUGCUCUUGAGAAAGCCGCUGUCGCCAUGACAUACGCCGAGCUAGAUCGGCUUUCAAGCAUACUUGCGAAGCGUUUACAGGGCCAUGUCGAACCGGGCGAGGUUGUCUGUGUCCACGCUGAUCGAUCAAUUAACUGGAUUGUCGCUAUAUAUGGUGUCCUGAAGGCCGGUGCGGUCUAUUCCGCGCAAGACGCUGGAUUGCCCGAUCAUAUCCGAAAUAUGAAUUUCCAAACUGCAGGAGCCAGGAUCUUUCUGACACCGGAAGAGACUCAGAAGAGUAUAAAGCCCGACGCAUGCAGCUUUUGUCUCUCAGUCGAGGAGAUUGUACGUGAGGGUUCGCAUGCGGACCUGCUGCCUCACCGGUCGACACCACGACCUGAUGACAAUGCGUACCUCUGCUUUACGUCGGGAUCUACUGGUAAGCCCAAGGGGUGCAUGUGCCAUCAUGCCGGGUUGGUAGCCUUCCAAAAGGAUCCGGAAGUCAGAUUCUUUUCCGCACCGGGGCAGAAGAUCUCUCAACUUAUGUCGCCGGCCUUCGAUGGCAGCAUUCAUGAGAUCUUUUCUGCGCUUUCAUACGGUGGCGCGCUUGUCCUCGCUGAUGGCAUCGAUCCAUUCUCGCAUCUUAGGAAGGCGACCGCAGCGAUCCUUACUCCAUCGGUGGCGAAAAUUCUCGAGCCUGAAGACUUUCCGGAACUCCAGACCGUAUAUGUAGUGGGUGAGCCCAUGCCGCAAUAUGUCAAUGACAUUUGGUCCAAGAGCAAGAACAUGUACAACAUGUACGGCCCGACCGAAGCUACCUGCGGAGCCACGAUUCAGCCCCUUCGUCCGGGGCGACGCGUGACUAUAGGUCCUCCAAACCCGACCACACGAGUUUAUAUCCUCGAUCGGAACCAACAGCUUGUGCCGCCAGGUGUGGUCGGAGAGAUCUACUGCGCUGGCGUCCAAGUUGCUCGAGGAUACAUUGGCCGAGCUGAGCUGACCGCUGAGAAGUUCCUGCCCGAUUCCGUCUGCAAGUGUCCUGGAGAGAUGAUGUAUCGCACUGGCGACCGCGGCCUGUUCAACCAUGCUGGGGAGGUCGAGUGUCUUGGUCGAAAUGAUCGACAGAUCAAGCUGCGCGGAUAUCGCACUGAUUUGAAUGAUAUUGAGAUGCGAGUGGCACAGGCAAUUCCAGAAGCCACUGCCGUCGCUAUUUGCCCCAAGGAUGACUACCUCGUGGCCAUGGUGCAGCCCGAAACGCUUGACAUUUCGGAUGUGCGGUCGAGAAUUACGAGAGUUCUCCCUAUCCAUGCAGUUCUGAGAGUUAUCAGCGCUGUAGCUAAAUUCCCAAUGACCCCGGCCGGUAAGCUAGAUUAUAAGGAGAUUGCUGUUCAGUGCGGGGCCGCUUCGCAAGCUGUGCCAGCCUCCAAGCCCAUGUCAGCCACGGAGACCACUAUUGUCCAGGUCUGGAAGCAGCUGCUGGCUCUUCCCGCCACAGAGAAAGUGACUGCAGAAUCGAACUUCGCUAACCUAGGAGGGCAUUCCGUGCUUCAACUGCGUCUAGCCAGCAAGUUGUCGACAGUCUUCGAAGUUCGUAUUCCUACCGCCAAGGUCAUCCAAGCCGUCAACCUUUGCGAGAUGGCAGCAGUCGUGGAUCAUUUUCGCUCUCAAUCAAGCGCGGCACCGGCUGAAUCGGACAUGAAGUCGCUCGGAAGGAACAACGUCUCUCCCAUCGAAGCGGAAUGGUUCGAGAAGUAUGAGAUCAAGCAAGGUUCAUCGGCCUUCAACGUAACAUUUGCUUGUGCCUUGGGUCCCAAUCAGAUUGACUUGGAUCACCUGACCGCAUCUUGGAAUGCCGUCCUGGCUCGACAUCACAUUUUCCGUAGUCGAUACAAUCGGGAUGAAAGCCGUGCUGAGAGGGUGAGAAGGUCAUAUGCUAGGUAUUGUCCGCAAGUCGCACGAGUCGAAGAGUUUGAUCUCUGGCGGGAGGUUAAUCGGCCCUUUUAUCUCGGACGCCAGCAUCCAGUCCGCGUGCUGGUUUCUGAAAAGAUGAUGCUUGUUUCGAUGAGCCACAUCAUUGCUGACCUGACAACCCUUCAAGUGGUCUUGAGAGAGGUCAUGGAGCUUUACAAUGGGAACGGUCUUCCAAAGGUUGAUCGACGAUAUGCGGAUACGAUGAACUGGAGUGCAUCAGCUACUUCCGCACAACAAAAUUGGUGGCAAGACUAUCUCCAAGGCAGCAACUCCAGUCAGCAUAUGGUCUCUAAGGUUCCAAAAAGGACUACUUACAGCGGCCAAACUCGCCUCAUUCAGUUGUCAACAGCGCUGGCCCGACGGGUUAUCCAGCACUCAGAAACGGCUAAGGUGACUCUGCACCAAAUGGCCCUUGCUGCAGUCGCUCUAGCCUUACAGGCUGAAAGUCAUAGCACCGAUAUCGUCUUAGGUGGUCCAUAUUUCAACCGUCAAGCAGAGGACUUGGACACCGUCGGACUGUUCCUAGAGCCUAUUCCAAUACGUAUUCAACAUAACGACCAGGGACGCUCCUUCCUGCAAAGCGUUCAAGCAUCUAGCCAAUCCGCCGUCGCGAACGCAAUCCCAUGGAACCAGCUUCUCCAGGCCGUGGGCGAAGCUCAGCCAGAUUUCCCCAACCAUGCGCUUCUAGAUAUCAUGGUAACUUUCCACGAUGACCGAACCGCAGCGAAACUGCCAAUUGAAGGGUUAAAGCCUCUCAUAACAUACACGAGCGGCUCCAAGUUCAUGCUGCUGGUUGAGUUCAUGGCUGUUUCUGACGAUUGCGUGUUGAUGAGGCUCGAGUACGACAGCACCUGUAUCUUAAAACCAGAGAUUAGCAGGAUUGAAGGCUUGAUCAAGGAGGCGCUGCACCUCAUUACCACCGGUGUAGGAUACACGGCUAUGAAAGAAAAGCUAAGGAAUGUGAAGGAUGAUGAAAACGAAGAAAGUGACAAGACUGUGGCUUUCUUUGGCAAGGAUUUCAGUGUCUUUCAGCACUGAAUUAGGAAAGGUUCAUUGCUAAUAACGCGGAGUGUUCUGACUGAGCAUCUUAUAAAGGAGUAUGGAGCAUAUAUCAAUUGAAUCCUUGUUCCUUUGAAAUUACUUUUUGAGAUCAAUGUGACGACAAUCGGUGAGAAUCUCCUUAGACCUACCAGGGCCUUCCCAGGACCCUCGCUCAGCUGGGCAAUGUGAAGCCUUUGUCACAUACGCGAGAUACUCUUGGACUUAAGAUGCGACUGUGCUUGAGAGAUUGACGGGUGG